CUCUUACAUUCACCGCACUACGAUACAAGUUUCAUAUCCUGCUCUGUCUCCAAUCCUAGCGUCCGUACUCGCUUUACUUAUAUAUAAAUAGUACAAAUUGGUGGAACAAAUCAGUUGCACUCUACAGUCGACACUAACACACCUACAAUGACUUCAAAGUUUGUAGUAUUCGCUGCCCUGGUAGCCGUAGCGCAAGCCAGCGGUGGUUACAGCAGCUUCUCCUAUGGAGUAGCCGACCCCCACACCGGCGAUGUGAAGAGCCAGCAAGAGACCCGCGUCGGCGACAACGUGGUCGGACAAUACUCCCUGCUGGAGUCCGACGGCACCCGCCGCACCGUCGACUACGCUGCCGACGCACACAACGGCUUCAACGCUGUUGUGCGUAAAGACCCAGCUGUGAUCGCCGCUCCCGCCGUCGUUGCCGCCCCCGCCUACGCCGCUGCUCCCGUCGUCGCCUCUGCCUACGCCGCCCCUCUUGCCCGCGCUGCCAUCGCUCCCGUCGCUUCCCUAGGCUACUCCGCCGGCAUCGCCGCCGCUCCCCUGGCUUACGGUGCUGCCCUCAACUACGGCGCCGCCGCUCCCCUCGCUUACGGCGCCGCUCCCCUGGCCUACAACGCGUACGCCGCCGCUCCCAUCGCCGCCGGCUACGGUGCCGGUCUCGGUUACGCUGGUCGUCUUGGCUGGUAAACCGUUGACAGGAUAACAUCAUGAACUGUGAUCUUAGUAACGAUUAGACAAUAAGUUGUUAUGUUGGGGCAGUCAACUCUUUCAAAGAUCCAAAGAACCUCAAUGCAACAAGAAAGGCAUAAUUUUUUACGUGUAAAUAUUAUUAUAUAAUUGAAAUGAUCCAUAAGUCAAAGAAAAAAUAAACUUUUUGACUAACUAUA